AAAUAAGUAUAAAGCUGUAGAUCUAAGACUCUCCCUCUCUCUCCGCCCCCCCAUUCAUUUCGUACACACAGGCUCACACGUCUCUUCUCUCUUCUCUUUCUCUCUCAGAAUGACAAUUCUAGGUACAGCUUUUGGUAUGGUUUUUUAUUUACUUCAAGUCGUUUCUGGAGAAAGUGGCUAUGCACAGAAUGGAGACUUGGAAGAUGCAGAACUGGAUGACUACUACUCUUUCUCUUGCUAUAGUCAGUUGGAAGUGAAUAGGUCUCAUCACUCACUGACCUGUACUUUUGACGACCCAGACAUCAAUAGCACCAAUCUAGAACUGGAAAUAUGUGGGGCCCUUUUGGAGAUAAACUGCCUGAAUUUUACUAAGCUUCAAGAGGUAUAUUACAUCAAGACAAAGAAAUUCUUACUGAUUGGCGACAGCGAAAUAUGUGUGAAGCUUGGAGAAAAGAGUAUAACUUGCAAAAAAAUGAACAUAGUCAAGAUAGUUAAACCGGAGGCUCCUUUUAACAUAAGUGUCGUCUAUCGUGAGGGAGCAAAUGACUUUGUGGUGACAUUUAAUACAUCACACUUGCAAAAGAAGUAUGUAAAAAAUUUAAUGCACGAUGUGGCCUACCGCCAGGAAAAGGUUGAAAACAACUGGAUGCACGUGAAUCUGUCCAGCACAAAGCUGACACUCCUGCAGAGAAAGCUACAAGAUGAUGCCAUGUAUGAGAUUAAAGUCCGAUCCAUCCCUUAUUCCUCCGACUAUUUUGAAGGCUUCUGGAGUGAAUGGAGCCCAAGUUACCACUUCAGAACUCCGGAGACCAAGCGUGCAGAAGAGACGGAUCCUGUGUUACUAACCAUCAGUAUUUCUAGUUUCUUCUCUGUGGCUGUCUUGGUCAUCUUGGCCUGUGUAUUAUGGAAAAGAAGGAUUAAGCCUAUUGUAUGGCCCAGUCUCCCGGAUCAUAAAAAGACUCUUGAACAACUGUGUAAGAAACCAAGAAAGAAUUUGAAUGUGAGUUUCAAUCCUGAAAGUUUCUUGGACUGUCAGAUUCAUAAGGUGGAUGGCAUUCAAUCUCAAGAUGAAAUGGAAGGCUUUCUGCAAGAAGCUUUUCCUCCACAACCAGAGGAGUCUGAGAAGCAGAGGCUUGGAGGGGGUGUGCAGGACCCCAAUGGGUCACCUGAGCAUACAGUCAUCACCCCAGAAACUUUCAGAAGAGAGUCACCCCUAGAGUGCCUGGCUGGGAAUGGCAGUGCAUGUGAUGCCACUAUACUCCCCUGCCCCAGGUCCCCAGAGAGUGACGAGAAUGGGCCUCAUGUGUACCAGGGCCUAUUGCUUAACCCAGGGACUACGAACAACAUCCUACCCCCUCUGUUUCCUCUCCAGUCGGGAAUCCUGACAUUGAACCCUAUUGCUCAGGGACAACCCAUCCUCACCUCCCUGGGACCAAGUCCAGAAGAAGCCUAUGUUACCAUGUCCAGCUUCUACCAAAACCAGUAAAUUGUGAGACACCAAGAAUGAACCCACUGUGACCAACAAAAGUGACUGAGAGAACUCUAGACCUCUCACUGUCCCUACCAGCACAAAGAAGAGAAAAUUGACAAAACCCCACUGCAUAGUCUAUAGGACUCCGAAACAUGGCUUUGACCACUCUUCCCUGGUUCAGUGACCCUCGACAUUCUGCUUCUACUAUGUUGAUUUGGUCACUGGGUUUCAGGUGACCUGAUGAUUCAAUUAUUUCAAAAAAAAAAAAGGAAAGAAUGAAAGAAAGAAUGAAGAAAAUAAUGGAAGUGUGAGGAAGGCAAGAAGAAAGCAAGGGAAGGAAGAAGGAAAGGAGAAUAAGAAUGAUGGGUCCCUUGUUAGGACAUCUAUCCAAUGCCAUGCAAGUGCUCUACACACCUUGUCUCAUUUCAUCCUCACCAUAAUCCUAGGAGAUGGGUGCAAUUAUUAUUAUUAUUCUCUCUUAAUAGAUAAUUAAAUUAAGAAUCAAGAGGUUAAGUAACUUGUCCAAGUCACUCACUCAGUGGAGGAUGGAGCCAAGAUCUGACGGCUGAGAGUCCAGCAGCAGUUCCCUGAGCCAAGAACCUUUCUCUUCACUAGGGACUGUCUCAUUCCUGAGUGUCAAGCCUCAGUAAUACAGGGUGACCAUAUAGCUUAUCAUGUAAGCCAAUUUGUAAUACCAAGGCCAGCCAUAUCAAAAGAAGGUGAAGAAGGCAAGAAAAAAACUCAAAACCCAUUCAAUUUCAUUUUUCUGAAAACAAGCUCAAGAGGAAAGGAAUUAGAAGCCCAGAAUUUUUCUUGCUAGUUAUCAAGACCACAGUCUUUUUCCUGCCACCACCUAACUACAUCUAUGCACGAUUCCCAGAAGAACUUGUCACUGAUCCUAAACGCUGGCACAUUUGACCAAUGAGUGGGGAAUAAUCCCUUCCAUGUGUAUAGACACUGCCCCAACCAAUGUAUCCCCAAAUUUUCCUGAGUUCUAUAGCCUUGGAUGUUACCAUAAACUUCAGGGAUAAGGAAUUAUGAGCACAUGAAAUGAGUGAACCAACUGUGGCUAUGUUACAGAAGAUACAGAGAAGAGACAUAUGAUUAACAUUUGACAUUUGUCUUCUUACCUUUCUGGGUCUAGAUGAAUUUCAAACCCAGUCAAGGCAUCUGAGCAAUGUCAGCUCAGGGACGUGCAGCUAACCCCUCUCCCACAGGCCCCAGACCCUGGUGGUUCACAGAACAGCACAGGGCAGAAGCAGCACAGGGAAGCAAGAAGGACUGAACUUAGGUUCUCCAGGGUUUUGCUUGGGGUUUGAUGUUGCUGUCUUUAUGUUUCAAAUUUUCUUCUUUGUUCUGUUUUUACUUUGUUUAGGGGUACUAAACAUUUUCAAUAUUUUAAUUUUCAUGUUUGUUUUGUUUUGUGCUGUCUGUGAAUGGGGUUUUAAGUUGUGAACUAACGGACCUUGUCUGUUGGCUUAAAGGACUAGGAGCAAUCAGACCAUGUUAUUCUUCAUGUGAAUGGUUUAUUUUCCAAAGCGCUUUCCUCUGCAUUAGUAGUAAUAAGUACAAUACCGUAGUAGUCCCUUUGGUUUGCUUAGUGGUUUUGUGAUUUUCGAAGCACUUCCAUAGCAUUCUCUUCCAUCUCGUUUUCGAGCAUUUAUGAAAAGCCUGCUAUGGGCCAACCAUAGUGUUAGGCACAGCAGAUCUAAAGACAAAUAAGGAUGGCAUGCUGCCUCAUAAAGUGCAAAAUCUAACAAAAGUGACAGCUUUAUAAACAAAGAAUUAUUAUAAUGUAAAAUGCUAUAACAGAAGUAUAUUGAAAGUAUCCUGUUGGAGAUAAGGACAAUGCCACAAAAAUGACAUAAAUUCGCAUGGAGGAAAAGUAGAAUCUGCCUGGUGUGUAAGUAGCAGAAGACAUUGUCCACCAGGUGGACAGGUAUUCUUUACCUUUUGUAGAAACGUGAGCCAAGUCUCAAAGAAAAGUUUACACAAAAUCUCAUGCCCAGCCUAGGUCUCUGAUACCUUAUUCACAGAGGUUCUUUGAAGUGUUUGUUAUCUUUGACUAUGGAAAACUGGGACACAGAGAAGACAGGUAAAUUACUCAACCUCACAUGAAGUCAGAACUGGGAGCCAUAAUUUUGUACCCCUGAUGUAAAUAGACAAUGUCUUGAAGAAAUGAAGGAUGACUGACCCUAAAGGAAGGAACAUAAGGUCCCUCCAGCUCUAAAGUCCUCUGUUUCAAUGUUGUUUAGCAUAUGUCACCACUGGAAUUUAGUGUCUGUCUGUAUUGGAAGCAUUUAAAAUCUACGUAUUAUACUCUUGUAAUCAUUACUGCUGCUAAGGCUUGAUUAUAUACUCAAGGACAAUGUAUAAUGCAAAAUUACAUAUUGGUUCUGCCCAAGCCCUUAUUGGAUUUCAUUAAGAAAGAAAAACUCCUGGUCAGAGACAAUGUAUAAAUCAGAGGUGUAAACUGCUAUUUCUAUAUAUCAUGAAAUGAAAAGACAACUGAGCAAUUGGCAGCUAAUUUGCUCAAACAACCAUGUCUGGGUCUGGGGCACCCUGACUUACUGGGUUCAUUUUCUACCAGCCUUUGCCUCUUCCUUCAAUGUGUUUUUAAACAGGAAUUUGCUUCAGAAAAGCCAAGUAUGGGCUGUUUCAGAUGUGCAUACUUGUGCCUUCUUAGUUCUUCUGGAGAGGCUACCAGACUUGCAACUGGCCAGGAAGAAAAUGCGGUAGAGGAUCUGGAAAUGUUUUAGAUCAGGUGGCAUUUUUGCCAGCUCAGUGAUUUCUCUUGGGGGUUAUUCUUAAAAAUAUCCAUCAUUCACUACAGGGAAGGUCUCUGAUUUGAUUGUGUACUUUCCACAUGCAUUACAAACAUUUUGCAGAGCUGCUAAGUAUAUAAGUAUAUGAUGUGUGUUACCAUCUCAUAUUUAAUUAAAUGCUACAGAACUC